UCAAAGGAAGAGUCUUCUCCUGAUUAUAUUUGUAAUCAAGUGAGUCCCCUUUUCUUCAGAAAGCUGGAUUUACCUCUAUCUCAAACAGGACUUUUGAGUCUACAGCCACCGCCAUAUCUGAAUGUUUCAGAAGCCGCAGGGAAUUUAUCUUCACAACACAUUUGUGAAGCAGGGAAGUAUUAUUGCCUCCAUUAUACAGAUGGGGAACUGAGGCGUUUAGGUGGUGUUGUGCUUAGUGUUGCAAUGCCCAACUGACUUAGUAACUGAAGUCUCAUUUCAAAAGGUAUUUAGGUACUAUGGGCCAAAAUUCUAUCGACAGUCCAUGAGAUUUAGGCACCCAAAUGCUUAAAUCCAUUUUGAAAAUGAGACUUUAGGCUUCUUUAAAAAUCUGGGUCAGAGAUUAAGUGACUUGUCCACACAAGGUCUGUGGUAGUGUAAGAAACCUCCCCUACACAGAACUUCUGAGUUCCAAUCCUAAUGUCUUAGCCACAUGAAGAUAGUAUCUCUUGUGUUGUUUAUGUGGAUAGGAUUAUUCCUUUCCUAGUUUUAAUCCUCUGGUACCUCCCAUUUGAAUUUUCCAUUACCUGCCAUAUAACUUGCAGUCUGCCCCAACAGACUGACACUUAACCAAGGGGCCUUGCUGUAGAAUUUAGAUCCAGCUUCCCACAGAGUAAAUGGGACUUUAAUAGUACAUGGAGUAUUUAAUAAGAUGAUUGUCCCCAUCAUUUGACUUUUGUUUCUUCACAGGAAAUGACCAAGAAGUGAAUGAUGGGAGCAGAAAGUCAAUAUUCACUGAUGGUCGGCAUGAUGUAUGUAUUUAACUCAAUGUUCGGAAUUGGAAUCUUAGCCCUGCCCAAAGCCUUUGCUGAUGCAGGCUGGCUGGCCAGCAGUGUUAUCUUGGCACUUGCCAUGGUGAUGAGUUACAUAACUGUGACCUUCCUGAUUGAAGUAAUGUCCUCUGCAAAUGCAAGAGUUGUUUGGGACAGGAGUAAUGACAGCCACAAAGAGAAUGAAAUGAUGUUGAAAGAAAAUAUUCCCAUGUCUGCAAAGAGAGGAGAAGAGUCCACCCAGUCAAAGACUCUUCGUUCAGAAUCCUCAUCAAAGUACAUUUGCUGCUGCUAUUGCCUGCCAGAUGAUCCAAAGCCAAGUGUGUUUGAUAUAAAUGAGCUGCUUUCUCUGACUGACCUGACCAAGAUGUACUUCAGUACGGUUGGAGACCUCCUGAGUCGAAUUACAUUGAUGCUAGGCAUAUAUGGAUCUUUGGCCAUGUUCCUGACCAUGGUACCUUUCAGCCUCAUGGAACUAUUCUGCAAUAUCCCUACUUGCACAGGAGAGAGCAAUUUCACAAGUAAUUUCUACGAUGAAAACCACUGCUGGGGGCCCAUCAGCAGGAUUAAUGCUUACAGGAUUUUUCUGGCUGGCUUUGUUUUACUGAUAGGACCUUUUGUAUUUUUCUCCAUUCAGAAGAAUAAGUUUAUUCAAAUCUUUGCUACCAUUGUAUCCUUUUCAGGGUUUCUGGUUUCUUCCUCUGAGGCAUCAAGAGAUGACUACUGUCAGAGAGACAGGAUGCUGGACCCGAUGGACUGCAGGUUGAUCCAGUCUGCCAUUUCCUAUGUAGAGCUGGGUGGGAAUUUUGGAGGGAAUUCUGCUCUUUAG